AUGUCUCUCACCAAACUUCUCACCACCCUUCUCACCGUCGCAAGCCUUGUUGCCCCUUUCGCUCUGCCCCCUAUUGCUCCCGCUCCAACAGGGACUGCUUUCGCUGGAGAAGGUACCUUCACCAUCGAGAAUCUGCCGGCCGUCUUGUCGACUCUUGCUCUGAGCGAUAUUAUCACUGGUGCAGCUCCUCCUUGGACUGAUUUGCCAGGAGAAGGUAGCAUCAACAACGAGAAUUUGCCGAGUGUCUUAUCGGUUCAUGCUGUGAGCGGUAUUAUCACUCCCCCAGCUCCUCCAGGAGAAGGUAGCAUCACCAACGACAAUCUCCCGUCUGUCUUGUCAACUCAUGCUCCAAGCGGUAUUACCACUCCCGCAGCUCCGCCAUGGAGUGUCGAGUCGGUCUCUGCGGCCUCGAUUGCUGCUCCGCCGAUUGCUCCGCCGACCUCAAUCCUGUUUUCGCAUGUUUCUUCUGCUGAACCAAUUGUUUCGUCGGUCACUACAACUUUGAGUGUCGUGGUCACAACAUCUGUCGAAGCAUCAUCGUCAGCCGAGACCACAUCCGAGCCGUCUAUUCUCCCGAUGCCCGAGACAUCCCCUGUUUCUGUCACAGCAUCUGCAGCAACUCCCGCCAAAACAUCCUCGUCAAUUGAGACUACUUUCAAGUCGAGUAUUGCUUCAGUCACCACGCCAUCCUCUGUUUCGGUCACAACAUCGGCAGAAGUACCAUCCUCGAUCGAGACUACUGUCAAGUCGACGAUUCACUCGGUCACCACGCCAUCCUCUGUGUCCGUUACAACAACUGCAGCAACACCGUCGUCAAUUGAGACUACUUUCAAAUCGAGUAGCUCUUCAGUCACCGCGGCAUCUUCUACUCGGAUCACAGUCUCCAGUCCGUCCUAUACCUUGUCUCCCGGACCAGUGGCGUCGAGCGAAUCGACUACAACCAGUAUUCCAGCUCUCAUCCCGACCUCUUCUCCAAGUCCGAGCACGACUGAACCAGCCAUUGCCUCCUCUGUCACUUCCGUCACUUCCGUCACUCCAGGUAACACUCUGGCCCCGAUUCCAGAAGGGGAAAAGGCAUCGCAUUUGAUCAAGACCGUCUCUAUUGUCGUGCCAAUCACGCUUGUCCUGCUCCUUGUCAUCGCUGCUCUUGUUUACUGGCUGAUGAAGCGCCGCCAACAGGGAGAGUACCAGGAUAUUGAAGGUGACCGUGCCAGCUGCUUCGGCCACGAGUACAGACGGUCCUGGAUGAAUCCACUUGGCAGGCACCCCAUCACCCAAAGUGACCUCGACAUGAUGAAUGCUGCUUACGAGCGCUCCAAGGGUUCUUCUGGUUCCUUUGCCUCCGCCUCCGACCCCGCCUCCUCCACCGGCACCGUGGUUGUCACGGCGGCCGAGAAGGAGGAGGAGGGCCGGUAG